GUCACUGCCAGUUAACGGAGAGUAGAACAGUAUGGCGUCGACGAGCCGUGGAGAUGCACUUCCCAAAGUGCAAUGCCCCAACCAUCCCGAUGCUUUGCUGGUGGAGGACUAUAGAGCAGGAGACAUGAUCUGCCCAGAGUGUGGGCUUGUAGUAGGUGACCGUGUGAUUGAUGUGGGAUCAGAGUGGAGAACAUUUACCAAUGAGAAAGCCACCAAAGACCCUUCCCGUGUCGGCGACGCCCAGAACCCCUUGUUGAAUGGAGGAGACCUCACAACAAUGAUCAGUAAGGGAACCGGCGCGGCGAGUUUUGAUGAAUUUGGAAAUUCCAAGUACCAGAACCGCAGAACCAUGAGCAGUUCUGAUCGAGCCAUGCUCAAUGCCUUUAAAGAGAUCAGCACCAUGGCCGACAGGAUCAACCUGCCCAGAAACAUCAUAGACCGCACAAACAACUUAUUUAAGCAAGUUUAUGAACAGAAAAGUCUGAAAGGAAGAAGUAAUGAUGCCAUAGCCUCAGCCUGCCUCUACAUAGCCUGCAGACAAGAGGGAGUCCCCAGAACAUUCAAAGAAAUCUGUGCCGUAUCCCGGAUCUCGAAAAAGGAGAUUGGUCGAUGUUUCAAACUGAUCCUGAAGGCUCUGGAGACGAGCGUGGACCUCAUCACCACGGGUGACUUCAUGUCUCGGUUCUGCUCCAACCUGGGUCUGCCCAAGCAGGUGCAGAUGGCUGCCACCCACAUUGCCAGGAAGGCUGUGGAGCUGGACCUGGUGCCAGGCAGGAGUCCCAUUUCAGUGGCAGCUGCUGCUAUUUACAUGGCCUCUCAAGCCUCAGCUGAGAAAAAGACACAGAAAGAAAUCGGCGAUAUCGCCGGCGUUGCAGACGUCACAAUCCGUCAGUCCUAUCGGCUCAUUUACCCCCGUGCCGCAGACCUGUUCCCUCUGGACUUCAAAUUCGACACGCCUGUGGACAAACUGCCCCAGCUGUGAAUACCUGCUUGUUUAGUGCUAAUCCAAUUUUUAGGCUGUUAUUUUUUAUUGGAUUUCUAAAGGUUUGCUUUUCCCCUGUUGUAAGAAAAGCUUUUUUGGACAGGCACAUGCAGGGAUUAAAAAAAAAAAAGAAAAAAAAGUACAGGUGAGACAUUCCAAGGUACAAUACAGACUGCAGGCUGUACCUAGUUUCUUUUUGUGUGUGUAUAUAUAUUGUAUAUAUGUCCAAGUGCAAAAUCUAAUUGGUGGUUGCAGUUAGGCAGAUUUCAUACUGUAAACAUUUUCUUUUGUAGGAAAUGAGUGAAUUCUAUUUUGUUAGCUUUGUUUGCAUUAUUAUAUUAAGUAAUUUAACAAUAAUAAAUGCUUUUCAGAAAAGCAUGUGUCUUGCAUUGGGGGAAAAAAAAAAUUAGUGCAUUAGUGGUUUAAGAAGAAAAAAUGUUUACAAAUUUCAAAUGUUGGCAUGAGGGGAUGUUGUGUACCUCAUGAAUGGAGUUCGACAGACUUCUAUUUCCUUUGGAUUUGAUGAAGGGUGGGAGGGGCCUGCUGUUUGAGUGUGUUUGUUUCCUGUCUAUUCAAUUCAUUUGUUAUAAAACCUUUCAUUAAACAA